AUGGCGCCACCGCUCGAGCCUCAGUACCUUCGGCUUUCUACUGGGCGACCUGUCAUCAAGAACACGAAGAGAAGUACCCACAAGCAUCAACGCGAAUACAACACGUACGCUAUAAAGCUGCACAUCAUCAACUGGCGCGUCCAACACUUCAUGGAGUCGGCCAUCAACACGUACGCUAAGAAGCUGCACAUCAUCAACUAG